AUGUCGGCGAGAAAGUCAGGACUUCAAAAGGAAGUCUUAGCGCUCUAUAGACGUGCAUUGCGCAUGGUCCGUACAAAACCAGCUUCGACCCAGCCAAAAUUUCACCUCUUCGUGCGCUACAACUUUCACACACAAGCAUCUUCUGUAUCACCUCGCGACGUUACAGUUAUAGAGCAUCUUCUCCGUCGUGGUAGAAGGCAACUGGAGAUGUACGAGCAGCCCUCUGUCAGAGACUGCCAGAUAUCACAAGUCAUGAGUGAUUGGGAGCAAAGCCAACGCGGAUCACGGACAACUUCACAGUAG